GCCGGCGUCGGCGGUGGCGGCCGGCUGCCGCUGCGCUGAGGUUGAGGACCGGAUGGACGCGCUGCGGGCCGAAGAGCGACAGCUGUGCGGCCAGUUGCUGCAGAUGUGCGACGGCCUGGAGCGGCUGGACGCCCGCGCCGAGGGGUUGGAGCAGAGUCAGCGCCAGGCGGCGGCAGAGGCGGACCGUCGCCAGCAGCUAGAGCAGCAGGCGCUCUUGCUGCGCCGUACCGCCGAGGGGCAGGCGCUGAGAAUCAAGGAGCUGGAGCUAUUGGUGCAGGUGGCGCGCGAGAGCGAGCUGGACGCCCACGAGAACACGUGCCAGCUGGCGGAUCGGCUAUCGUCACUGGAGGGGGAGCUGGCCAGCAGUGAGUCCCAGCGCCAGACACUGGAGGAGAUGCGGGACGACCUGCUCCGCCAGCUGGUCGACACGGUAGAUCAAUUGAACGAAGGCCGCGCGCAGCGCGAGCACGGCGAGCGUGAGCAGGCGCUGCUGCGGCACCGUUGCGACGCCCUGGACGCCGACCUGCGGCGCACGUCGCAGCAGAUUGCCGAGCGCGAACAGGAGGCGGCCGUGCUGCGCGACGGCCUGGACGAGGCGCGCCAGCUGAACCGGCAGACCGAGGUCGAGUCGUGCCAGGCGGAGCGCGGCGAGGCCGAGCUACGGCUGGCCGCGCUCGACGGCAGCCUGGCGUCACUCGGCCAGGAGCGCGACGAGCUGGCCGCCUCCCGCGCCGACCUGCAGCGGCAGCUGGACGAGCGUGGCAUCGAGCAGCGCCGCGCCCAGGCGGCGCUCGACGAGCUGCUGCGCCACAAGACCGAGUUGAACGAGCGGCUAGAGGAGUUGGGUGCCGAGACCGAGCAGUCGGCGCGCGCAACGGCAGAGUUGCUCCGCGUGCGCGACGCCGUGGAGCGGCAGCUGGCGGAGGCGCGCGAGGAGGUGGGCCGCGUCUCGGUCGAGUUGAGCGGCGAGGCGGAGCGCCGUCGGCAACUCAGCUCCGAGCUCUGGUACGCUGGCCUGCAGCGGCGCCUGACGGAGCAGGACGCCGCCGACCUGGCGCGCGCGCUGGAGGAGAAGGAGCGCGCCAUCCGCAGCAUGAAAGAGGUGUGGCGCAGCAAGCAGGUGCGCCUCGAGGAGCUGGCGCAGCGCGUCGAUGGGAUGCAGGCCGCCAUCCACAGCGCGUCGAACGAACUGGAGCAAGCGAGAGAUGACGUGCGGGCAGAGCGCAUGCGCGCCGAGGAGCUGGCGCAGCUCGAGCGCGGCCGCCAAGAGAUGCUGGCACUGCUCCAACAGGAGAAGGCGGCGCUGGCGCUGGCCGUGGCCGAGCGCCAGGACGAGUUGGACGAGGCGCGCUGCGAGCUGGACGCGGUGCGCUCCGAUCUGGUCCGUGCGGCGCGGGCGGCGGACGAGCAAACGGCGUGUCUGCAGUCCGAGCUGGAGCAGGUGGAGGCACGCUGUGACCGCGCUCAGGUGGAGCUGGAGUCGGUCAGAGGUGAAUUGCGCGAGAGCAACGCCGAGGUCGAGCUUAGGGCGAGCGAGGUGGAGGCGCUAACCGCGACGCUGAAGGACACGCAGGAAGUGUUGGUGGGCAAGUCCGCCGAGAUCAGUGCUCUGCAGACGGACAUCUGCGAAAAGGAGGAUGCCAUCACCGUGCUGGAGUGUAGGCUGGAGAGCCUGGACGCCGAAGGGCGGCGCCAGAAGGAGGAGCUGCGCAAGCUGGAGGAGCGCGGCGGGACGCUGACGGACCGCGUGGCAACCCUGGAGCGCGAGGCGGCGGAGCGGACCGAGCAGCUGUCGCUGACCGCGGCAGCGCUCGCCGAGAAGACGGACAGCUUGAUUAGUCUGUGCUCGGCGCGCGACCUGCAGGAGGCGGCGCUGAACGAGCUUGGCCUGCGGCUGAACAAGCAGCGGUCGGCGCUGGUCGACGGCGAGGCAGCGUUAGAGCUGGCGCGCGGCGACGGCGCCGAACUGCGCCGACGUUGCCAGGAACUGGAGCUGACCGGCGAGGCGACGCGGCUGGAGCUGGUGGCGCUGCAGGCGACGAUGGCCGAACGCGAGGACGAGCUGGUCGCGGUGCGCCGCCACCUGAUCGACGUGCGUGAACAGAACGGCGACCUGGCGCACGUUUGUGACGAGCAACGCCAGGAGCUGGCGCUGAGAGCGAGCUCGCUGCAGCUGGCUGAGGACCGGCUGGCGGACGGGGAGGCCCAGCUGGCGGGCCUUCGCCGGCAGACCGACGAUCUCACCCGCACCUGCGACGAGUCCCGGCAGGAGAUGGCCCUGAAGCAGCGCGAGCUGACGGAGGCGGCGGACAAGCUGAACAACAUGGAGGCUGAACUGGCGACCACCCAGCAUGAGCUGCAGGAUGCAGAAAGCAGGCUGGAAGAGAAGGAGAAGGAGUUGAAACUCAAGCACGUCGUGUUGGAAGAGGCAGAAGAGAGACUGAAGCUCAAGGAGUGUGAACUGUCUGACCUCCGUCAGCAGAAUAACGACCUGGAGCGCGACUGCGACGGCUCCCGCCAGGAGCUGGUGCUAAAGGAGAAAGAGCUGAAAGAAGCAGGCGACAAAUUGGCAACGAAGGAGCGUGAACUGAACGAACUAAAAGAGCAGAGUGUUGACCUGUCGCGCCAGUGUAAUGACUUCCGGCAGCAGGUGAUCGACAGGGAGACCGAAGUGCGGCAGGCGGAGGACAGACUUAAAGCCAAAGAGACAGAGCUUGCUGAUCUCAACAAGGAGAACGGGGACCUGGCGCGCGCCUGUGGAGAUGUUCGAAAGGAGAUGGCUGUCAGACAAACUGAGCUAAGGCAGGCAGAAGACCAUUUGGAGGCUGAAAGAGCCCAGUUGAUACUAAAAAACGCCGAGCUGCUGCAGACAGAGGCCGAGCUGAAAACCAAGGAUAGUGAGCUGGCCGAGCUUCGCGAGCAAAACUGCGAACUGGAGCGCAUCCGCGACGAAAGCCACCAGGAAUUAGCGCUGAAACAGACGGAGCUGCGGGCGGCUGAUGACCAUUUGCGGGCGAAGGAGGGUGAGCUGACGUUGAAGCAGACUGAACUCUUGCAGGCAGAAGACAAGUUGAAGGCCAGGGAGGCGGAGCUGGCCGACCAACGGCAGGAGGUGGACCGGCUGAAGAGGGUGAAUGCCGAUGCCGUCGCGUCGCAUAAGGAGGCCCAGGCGGUGGUGGACAACGUCAAGAGGAGCAUGGAGGAGAUGAAGUCGCUGUACGAGGAGAUCAUCGACGAGAAGGACUCAAACAUCGCCGACCUUAAGGAACAGGUGGACGCCGUCGUUCAGGAGAAGCUCGGGCAGGCUGAGCUGGCCCGAACCCAGCGUGAGGAACUGGCCGCCAAGCUGGAGAAGGCCGAGAAUGCUCGGAAGGAGACCGACGAAGGAAUGCACCGUCCUGCGGAAUGAGAUCAAGCUGACGAACACGUCCAUCGAGUACCUGGAGGCCCAGCGGCAGCAGGCGGCGGCCGCCAUCGAGGCCGCCUCGCGCGCGCACCGUGACCAGCUGU